UAACAAACGAAUUAGCAAAUAAAGAUUCAAUUAGGCAAAGCCAUUAUACAUUGUUAUAGCCGUUAUAAGAAUUUAAAAAAUAUCAAAAAUGUCAAAGGAUGGCUCAACCUUAGAGGCUCCUCCAGCAUAUGCUGGUAUUUCCCCUGCAGUAAGCGCUCCUCCAUUGUCCAACGAAGAUGUACCAAAAUUGGAUGAUAUGAAUGUUAAAUCUGAAGGAAAUCAGAAAGAAGAAAUUAUAGUAAUAACAUCAACGACACAUUUGAAACAUAAAUCAACAAAUGUUAUUUGUCCAUAUUGUCUGACAAAUGUUAAAACUAAAAUUAAACACAAAUCUAACUCGAAAACACAUUUAUAUGGGUUUUUGCUUUGUCUUAUUGGGGGUAUUAUAUGCUGCACGAUACCAUAUUGCCUCCCUCAGUGUCAAACUACGAACCAUUACUGUCCGAAUUGCAAAACCUUCCUGGGGUGUUAUCCUGCAGCACCUUAAUAUGUUACUUUUUUAUUUUUUAUAUUAAAGUAGGAUUUGUGGACUAUGUAUAAUGGUAUUUAUUUUUACUAAUUUUAUCGAUUGAAAUAUAGUAACAAGUAAAUACAUUAGUCUAAAUGAAA